GCAGUUCUGUUCAGUGAAUUCUUUCUCCCACAAUAUUCUCCCUAGCUUAAAAAAGCAGGUCGGCCGCCCUCCCCACAGUUGCCGUCUCCCCCGGGGCCGGCCGGAUCCUCCUGGGGAGGCCGGGCCGGGGAGAGGGCGCGGGCGCCGAGUGGCGGGGGCAGCGGGCGGGCGCGGCGACCGGGGCCGGGGCGGGGAUCCGGGCGGCGACCGCGGCCGCGGGCCUGCCGCCCCCUCCCCUCCGGCGAGGGGAGCCGCUGCUUGGGGCCGGGGGGCGGCCCCGUGGUGUGGAGCGGCGGCGGCGACGGCGGCGGACCCUCCAGGCGGGCUGAGGCUGAGGCCGGGGCCGGGGCGGGGGCUCCGGGGGGACCAUGCCCGGAGGCCGGCCGGCAGCAGCAUGGCUCACGGGCCCGGCGCGCUGAUGCUCAAGUGCGUGGUGGUCGGCGACGGGGCGGUGGGCAAGACGUGCCUACUCAUGAGCUGUGCCAACGACGCCUUCCCGGAGGAGUACGUGCCCACCGUCUUCGACCACUACACAGUCAGCGUCACCGUGGGGGGCAAGCAGUACCUCCUAGGACUCUAUAACACGGCCGGACAGGAAGACUAUGACCGUCUGAGGCCUUUAUCUUACCCAAUGACCGACGUCUUCCUUAUAUGCUUCUCGGUGGUAAAUCCAGCCUCAUUUCAAAAUGUGAGAGAGGAGUGGGUACCGGAACUUAAGGAAUACGCACCAAAUGUACCCUUUUUAUUAAUAGGAGCUCAGAUUGAUCUCCGAGAUGACCCCAAAACUUUAGCAAGACUGAGUGAUAUGAAAGAAAAACCUAUAUGUGUGGAACAAGGACAGAAACUAGCAAAAGAGAUAGGAGCAUGCUGCUAUGUGGAAUGUUCAGCUUUAACCCAGAAGGGAUUGAAGACUGUUUUUGAUGAGGCUAUCAUAGCCAUUUUAACUCCAAAGAAACACACUGUAAAAAAAAAAAGAAUAGGAUCAAGAUGUAUAAACUUUGUUUAAUUACGUGAGAAACAUCUUCAGUGGCCAAGGAAACUGUCCAUUUCUCUUAGAAAGCAAAUGAAAUGCUGCAGCUAUACCCAGACCUUUUAUAGCUAAGGGAGAACAUUGAGCAAUUCUUCACCAAAUUUGUAGAUGAGGGGAAAGCCACUGUUCGGUUAAAGGAGCCUCCUGUGGAUAUCUGUCUAAGUAAGGCCAAUUCCAGCAGUUUAAAAGGGUUCCUUUCAGUUAUGAGACUGGCUCAUAGAGGCUGUAAUGUUGAUACACCAGUUUCAACGCUCACACCAGUGAAGACUUCAGAAUUUGAAAACUUUAAAACUAAAAUGGUUAUCACAUCCAAAAAAGACUAUCCUCUAAGUAAGAAUUUUCCAUAUUCCUUGGAACAUCUUCAGACUUCUUACUGUGGGCUUGUCCGAGUUGAUAUGCGUAUGCUUUGCUUAAAAAGCCUUAGGAAAUUAGACUUGAGUCACAACCAUAUAAAAAAGCUUCCAGCUACAAUUGGAGACCUCAUACACCUUCAAGAACUUAACCUGAAUGACAAUCACUUGGAGUCAUUUAGUGUAGCCUUGUGUCAUUCUACACUCCAGAAGUCACUUCGGAGUUUGGACCUCAGCAAGAACAAAAUCAAGGCACUCCCUGUGCAGUUUUGCCAGCUCCAGGAACUUAAGAAUUUAAAACUUGACGAUAAUGAAUUGAUUCAAUUUCCUUGCAAGAUAGGACAACUAAUAAACCUUCGCUUUUUGUCAGCAGCUCGAAAUAAGCUUCCAUUUUUGCCUAGUGAAUUUAGAAAUUUAUCCCUUGAAUACUUGGAUCUUUUUGGAAAUACUUUUGAACAACCAAAAGUCCUUCCAGUAAUAAAGCUGCAAGCACCAUUAACUUUAUUGGAAUCUUCUGCACGAACCAUAUUACAUAAUAGGAUUCCAUAUGGCUCUCAUAUCAUUCCAUUCCAUCUCUGCCAAGAUUUGGAUACCGCAAAAAUUUGUGUUUGUGGAAGAUUCUGUCUGAACUCUUUCAUUCAAGGAACUACUACCAUGAAUCUGCAUUCUGUUGCCCACACUGUGGUCUUAGUAGAUAAUUUGGGUGGUACUGAAGCACCUAUUAUCUCUUAUUUCUGUUCUCUAGGCUGUUAUGUAAAUUCCUCUGAUAUGUUAAAGUAAUGGGUGAGACCAGAAAAAGAAAUUUCAAUAACAGAUCAGUUUGGGGUGCAUGUAUGAUUUUGCAGCGUCAAAUUGGAGUAAGGGAAGAUUUCUGUAUACUUGCUGGAGAGGAGGAAUGUGUAUAGUUACUCAUUUAGAUGACUCCAAAACUUUUAUUAAAACCAAUUUUAAUUUUA